AUGGGCCACGAGGACCGAUCUGGGCAACACGCGAAUAGUUUCCAUAAUCUUUGCGAUCUCAACAACUUGGAUCUUUUGCAUGUCGCCUUUGAAGCAUCGCUGCCCCGAGUACAGCCCUUUCCUCUCUCCGGAAUCGCUUCGCAGGACUCUAAAUCAUCUUCCGAAGCAGCUGGCGAAGGCACCAGAUGCCAAAUAUAUGUGCUGUUUAUCAUGGGUGAGCCUUGCACGCGCAUCUCGGAAUCCGAUCAGUGCGGCUAA